AUGUUCGUUGCACCAAGUGAUCCAACUAACAAAGUUAAGAAUUUGAAACUAUCACAACUUUGUGAACUUUGUCAUUCACGUAAGGCUAUCAUAAAGAGACCAAAGAAUUUACAAAAGAUUUGUAAACUUUGUUUCUUCCAUGUUUUUGAAACAGAGAUUCACAAUACUAUUGUUGAUAACAAAUUAUUUUAUAGAGGUGAAAAAGUUGCAGUGGGCGCAUCUGGUGGUAAGGAUUCCACUGUGCUGGCUUGUAUUUUAAAACUGUUGAAUGAAAGAUACGAUUAUGGUAUUGAACUUGUCCUAUUGAGUAUUGAUGAAGGGAUCGUUGGUUACAGAGACCAUUCUUUAGCUACAGUGAAAAGAAACCAGCAACAAUAUAAUCUACCUUUAGAAAUAUUUUCCUAUCAAGAACUAUACAACUGGACUAUGGAUGAGAUUGUAGAGGUAGCCGGUAUUAGAAAUAGUUGUACAUAUUGUGGUGUGUUCAGAAGACAAGCUCUUGAUAGAGGAGCAGCAAAAUUGGGAAUUAAACAUGUUGUUACUGGUCAUAAUGCAGAUGACAUGGCAGAGACUGUAUUAAUGAAUAUUUUAAGAGGGGAUGUUGCAAGGUUAGAAAAAUCCACCGCCAUAAUGACAACUAGCAAAGGGUCACCGAUUAAAAGAUCGAAGCCAUUUAAAUAUUCAUACCAGAAAGAAAUUGUUUUAUAUGCACAUUAUAAAAAGCUUGAUUAUUUUUCAACAGAAUGUUCAUAUGCACCAGAAGCGUUCAGAGGUACAGCUAGGGAAUUGAUGAAGAAUCUGGAGGCUAUAAGACCUAGCUGUAUUAUAGAUAUUAUAUAUAGUGGUGAAGGCCUCGUAUUGAAGCCAAAAAAGCCGAAGAGACAAACAGUUGUUACUAAAAAUUCAUCAAAAAAGAUGAAAGAAGGAAAUAACACGACCUCUGCGAAAAAGACAGAGUUUGUUGAUGGUAAUAGGUGUGAAAAAUGUGGAUAUUUAUCCAGUAAUAAGAUUUGUAAAGCAUGUAUGUUAUUAGAAGGCUUAGAAAACAGUAGAGCUAAAAUCUCAAUUGAAAAUGAUACCUCUGCCGAUGGAGCUGCCAAAACCUUGCGGACACUAGAAAACCUCACAUUCUAA